AGGUCAGGAGAACUUUUUAAAUCCUCCUGUAGCUCAAAUGUAACCCUGGACUAGAUAAGUGAAUAUAUAAUAAGAUUUUAAGGAUGACUGACAACACAAGUCAUUUCCAAGUUGGUGUGACUCUAAAAGGAUGCUCUCCAGUUCAGGAUUAACUGUCUUCCUACUCUUGGCUGCAUCAAGUGUGCAUGCCUUCGGUCAGGCCUGCUCAUGUUCGGACGUCCUGCUUUCUGGUCUGCAAGUCAACUGCAAUUCUCUCAACCUCGUGGAGCUGCCUCACCUGCCCCCAAACACCACAGAGCUCCACGUACAGGACAAUCGGCUCACCUCAGUGUCUUCAGGCCAGUUUGACAGACUGGUUGGUCUUAAAAAGGUCUCCCUAUCUGGGAACCCCUUCCACUGUGACUGCAGGAUCCAAUACCUGAGGAGCUGGUUGCUGAAGAACAAGGAUAUUGUUUCUCAGGAGCCAAGAUGUGCCAGUCCAAUCUCUGUGGCUCAGAAAGCCAUCUCUGAACUUAGUGAUGAGUAUUUCUCUUCCUGUGUCCCGACAAUCUGCACUGGUGGGACUUAUAACAUUGUGAUGGGAUUAAUGUUAUGCUGCCUCAUUUUUCUGCUUGUGUGGACCCUAACACUAGCCAGAAACUCCACCUUCAUUCUAUUCAUAAAUAAGAAACAUUCAAAAUUCAAGGUUGACUCUUUGCAUUCCUUGAAGCCUAAACACAGGCGGAGGCUUCCAACUGACCUGUCAGAGGUCAGUGUAGACUCUGAUGAACUGACUUGGACUGAUGAUCUAGAAAGACCACUUAUGAGCAUGGACUUACUGCCACAAGUACUGGAUGUGUUGCACACGAAGCACAAUAUAAAGAUAAAGGCCACCUGAUGGAACUCU